CACCAUUACAUUCAUGAUCUUACCGGCGAUACCUUCGUCCAAGUCACUGCAUUUUCCGGUGCCGCGAUGCCGGAACCCUAAACCCUAUUAUCCGAUAGCUUGGGGCAAGACUCAAUUUUUGUACGAAACCAAUCAAAUUCAAAUGCGCAUUUCAAAAUCGAAGGCGAACAAGUGUUUAUCAUUGUCGACGGGUGCGGACAACACAAAUGAAGCUGUUUUCGAUUUAAACCGUGGAAAAGGCUGGAUUCAUUUUGUGGGCAUUGGAGGAUCUGGGCUAUCUGCUCUUGCCGUGCUCGCACUUGAGCAGGGUUUUGAAGCUAGUGGCUCAGAUUGGUUAUGGAGCAGCUACGUGGAUGCACUGGAGAAAGCUGGUGCACGUUUGUACUUAGGCCAUUCCUCGUCAACAUACAAAGAAACAAUAGGUCCAGCCUACCGAAUGCGAUUGUUGUUUCAAGUGCUAUUCCCAAAGACAAUGUUGAGAUUUUACACGCAAAGACAAUUGGCGUACCAGUACAAGCGAGGUCACUGGUUGGGGAAGCUAACCCAGCACCAUAAUCUCAUUGCUGUUAGUGGAAGUCACGGGAAGACAACCACAGCAAGUAUGCUUGCCUACAUUUUGAAUGCGAUGGGGGAUGAUCUUACUGCUGUUGUUGGGGCACAUGUGCCACAGGUUAUUGUGACAGCGAUGACACUGGUUGAUGAUAAAAGAAAAAUUUAUGAAUCAAUCAACUGUAUGCGAUUACAUUUAAACAAUUUUAUGGGCAUUUCUAGGCGCUUUGAGAUGGUUGGUACAAUUUGCGGAUGCCAUAUAUAUGAUGAUGAUGCUCAUCAUCAGACAGAAAUUUGUGUGGUUCUUCAAACAGCUCGCCAAAGAUACCCAUUUGCCACUAUUUUAGUGGUAUUUCAUCCUUGUACAUGCUGCCAGAGAAACAAAUGCAUGGAACAUCAGUGGGAUGGAUCUAGCAGCUUCAAUAAUUGGCCCCCAAUCAGAAUCCCUGCACUGUGGUAGAUGGAGAUAUAAGGCCAGUCCAUAACAUCAGUUUUUUCAACAAGUAAUUUCCAAUGCUUAAACAAAAGUAAAUGUUCUGCAAGAGAAGGCAACGCUUUUUAGGUUUGUCACUCUCAUGGGUAAGGUGAACUGUUUUGCCAUCUAACAUUCGUUUAAGAACUGUGUGGUCCAUCACUGAUUUUACUUUGGUGGCUUUUCAGGAGGAUGUGGUAAACAAAUUAGUAGUUCAGAUUUCCCAGGAUUCUGACUCUGAAACUAUUAUCAUAACACUUGGAUCAGGUAGUCAAUCUUUAUUGCAUUAGUCAUUUGGUCUUUUUCCCCCUUAUUUUGAACAAUAUUGAAACAGGGAAACUUGGUUCUCUCUUUGUUCUUUUAUGAAAAUAUGUGCAUAAAUUUCUGAGUCUGGUGGAUUUGUGAAUGAGCAGGCGAUAUUACCACUGUUAUCCAAAAAUUGCUCCAUGAAUUGCAGAAUAAAUUGCAGAAAAAGUAAACUUUUAGCUUAUUUCAUGCUACAGAAAUUUGUACGUUACUGGUCCGAAUACCAGAGUGGUACUCAUGGUUUUAAAUUGCGGUAGCAGUUAGCAUAAUGUAACAGUAACAGGUGUAACGGGAAGCGGGAGUAGCAGAUGUUACAUAGUGGGAAGCGGGUGUAACGGCAGUGAAUUUUUUUGAAGCACGCACAACCUUGUGCAUAUUAGUGUACUCGUAUGUUUUAAACUUUUAGCCAUUCUUAGAAAAAGUUUUAGUGUAUUUUGGAUCCUUUAGUUCGAGUAACUAAGUUAUUUGGUAAGGGCAACAAGUUUACAUUUGUUUUAAACCGCCAUUGAUAGAAAAUUAUGUGUGUGUGCGUAUUUAUA